AUGAAUGUGGCGGGGCUGUGCUAUACCAACGUAUCCAUUUCCAUGUCGUUCACUCCAUACUCAGCGGAGCUAUUCACAUCUAUCUUAACUAUCAUCACUUCUACGCACGCAUCGGUUACAGCGGAUCCUUACAACGUGCACACACUGACGGGCGCACUGCCGCAGUACGUCAAGAGGGCCGGAUUGGUGGGGCUGGUGAAUGUGGGCAACACGUGUUACCUCAACUCCAUCAUACAGUGUUUGAGCAACACCAUGCCGUUCAGCACCCACUUCAUCCAGCAGACGUACAGAAAAGAUAUCAACAGAAACAAUCCGCUGGGAACUGGGGGUCAGCUUGCCGAAACAUUUGGAGAUUUAUUACAAAUUAUCUGGAAAGGAAGUGAUCGUACGAGUAGUUUUAAACCGGACCGCCUCAAGAAUGUUAUUUCUCAGUUUGCGCCGAGAUUUUCAGGCCGCGAACAGCACGAUGCGCAGGAAUUGCUAUCGUUCCUGAUGGAUGGCUUACACGAAGACCUCAACUGCUCUCGCGAUCGCACCUACCAAGAAGACCCGGACUAUGACGGCAACGAUGCGCAAACGGCCGCGCUUUCCUGGACCAACUACAAACGACGCAAUGACAGUGUGGUGGUUGAUUUGUUCCAGGGCCAAUUCCGAUCAGAACUCAAGUGCUUAACCUGUGGGAACAAGUCGGUGACGUUCAAUCCCUUCAUGUACCUGUCUGUGCCCGUGCCUGCCAACGUGUCACAAGCCACGCUGAAGAAGUGUAUCGACACCUUCACAGCGAGGGAGCGGGUGGCAGGAAACGACCAAUGGUACUGCGGGAAUUGCAAGAAACACAGGGAUGCGGAGAAACGGUUAUCCAUAUGGAGAUUACCACCAGUAUUACUGAUUCAUUUUAAACGGUUCCAGUCUGAUGCCUUUGGCAAUUCCAGGGCGAAGAUAAACACUAUGGUAGACUUUCCAAUAGGGAAUCUGGACUUGUCGUCAUAUUUACCGAAUACAGACAGGCAAAAUGCUCAGAACCAUUCAUAUCAUUUAUUGUCGGUGGCGAAUCAUUGGGGCCAAAUGGGAAGUGGACAUUACACUGCGUUCUGUAGGAAUGUUUUCGAUCGGAAGUGGCACGACUUCGAUGACUCCACUGUCAAGCCUAUGGAUGAAUCGAGAGUAAAGACACCGGGAGCAUACGUGCUAGGGUACAUCAAUUCCCAGUAUUUUAAUGCAUAUAGCCGGUGACAAAUGAAUGGAUGGCAACGACGUAUUCUUGGAUUCGAAUUAAACAAGUGAUCGUGACGGGAUCUGAUUGAUAAAUAUUGAUAGGGUAGCUGAAACUCUAGUUGAAUGCCAAAAUUAAACUCUAUUUGACGUUGUAACUACACGGC